AUGGCACUUCAUGCUGAUGCGGCUUGUGUUUUGAAAGUGAACCUUCAUUGUGAAGGAUGCAAGAUGAAGACAAUGGAAAUCCUCGGCUCUAUAGUUGGGGUGUAUUCUGUCGCCAUAGAUGGUGAGGAAGGGCUAGCAAAGAUUUACGGCGAAGUUGAUCCAAACAUGCUUCUGAGGGCAAUAGGAACAUCCGGGAGACAUGCAGAGCUGGUUCGUAUGGACAUCAAGCAUCCACAGAUAAACGAAGAUGCUUCAUGUAGGCGUCGCCACGGCUAUAAUUAUGAUGCACUUCUGGAGAACAACCCUUGUGGCGGCGGCUAUGGGCAUGGGUAUGGGAGGUCGUUGCCUGAUCAUACUAGUUGUUAUGGGCACGAGCAGUACUAUCCUAAUUCGUACAGCCACACCGCAGGUGGCGGAGCGCUGCCGCAGCCAAGGCAUGUGCCAUCAUAUCCUCGGCGAGGAUAUGAUCCUUAUGACGAUGAGCGAAUCAACUGCUGCUCCAUCAUGUGA